UCGCAGAGUACACUGAGAGAGCUACCUCUCUGAAUCUGAAGGUGUUAGUUAUUUUUCAGUUAAUAUGGGAGUAGAUGAUGAAGAUUACUCAUGCAAGAAACCCGGAGCAGUUCCAUUUAAGUGGGAGAUCCGACCCGGUGUCCCCAAGAUCCAACACGACCACCACAAACCACAACCGCCACCUCUAUCGCCACCUGCCUCACCAUUUCUUGAUGAGAACCAUCAUUCAUUACCAACUACACCCAGAAAGCUGAAGCCUCCACCAGCUGUAUUUUCCUUUCUCCCUCAGCCGGAGCUCCGGACCCGUUCCUUCCUAUCCACCCCGCGUACCCGGUCUAACCACUGGCGUUUUGAACAGCCUGUGCCCCUCCGGCCCGAUGCCGUUUCGCCCGGUUGUUUUCCUUCUCCUUUAUUAAGGCGAAAAGAGAACAAGAGGAGGGUCCGGAAACCCGACCCCGCUUAUGAACCCGACUGCAAUUCGGAGCUUGAGACGCUGUCCCGGUGGUCCGUGUCGAGUCGCAAAACGUUUUCGCCAUUCCGUGACUCGACGUCGUCGUACUCGCCUUAUCAGUCUUCUCCCCGACCCGUGAGUGAUACGGAGUGGGCCGGGUUCGGACUCUUUUGAAGAAAAAACCAUAUUGCAUUAUAGGUGUUAAGGUUUGUUUGGCUUUACACAAAUUUGGACAUGCCAUGUGGGCUGCCACUAGGGGCACUUGUCUUGGCUUGGACAUGAUGCCAAGUUUGUGUAUAGUUGCACCCUUUAAUGGUGUUUUGGAAAAGGAGGGAACUCAUAAUCACAUGUUAUGAAUUCAAAGGCUUAAAUUAUGAUUUUGAAAAGGAGUUGUGUUUA